GAACGUAAACGUGCUUGCGCUGGCAAUUUGUUCGCGCGAAUUUAUUCAGUCCGUCAAAAAACGGAAAGCAUCGGGUCACAUCAUUAAUAUUGGCAGUGUAGCCGGACAACUUGCAGAAAUGAUGCCAGUAAGCAUGAGUAUAUAUCCUGCCAGUAAAUAUGCAGUAAGAGGUAUGGCAGCAUCCUUACGCGGUGAUUUGGCAAGAGAAAAGUUAGACGUAAAAGUCACGAACAUUAAUCCCGGAGCGGUAAAGACGGAGAUGAUAGAUAAUUUCGUCGAUAAAGUAAAUCUUGGUCCUCUUUUGGAGGGCAAGGAUAUUGCGGACACGGUCAUUUAUAUCCUGAGUAUGCCGCCUCACGUACAGAUAUGGGAUAUAACAAUACUUCCUCACAANCCAAACGAGGAACCACCUUCAUCUUAAUUCUUUCGGUACAGAACAGCGCAAUAAAAAAUUAAUAUGUGCUAACAAAUAGAAAAAGCUUUGUAAACGAGAACUUUUGGAUAAAACCUGGUCUAACCUU